AUGAGUUAAUUAAUAUCAAAAAUAUUUUUCUAAAAAACUGUGUUAGUAUUAAGAAUUCAAGGUUCAAUUAAUUCUUAAUUGUAAGAAAUAGGUUUAUAAAUAAUAGAGUGAGUUAAAUUUCUCAUUAGUUGGAGCAUUAUAAUAGAGGAAGUUUAGUGGCUUUAGGAUUAAUUAUAAAUUCUUAAGGAGGAUGUCCAUACUAAGUUGAAGUGUUAAAAAAGAAAAUCAAAAAUUAUCUAAAUGAUUUGCCACUUUAUACAUUUGCAACCGAACAUAGUUUAGGGAAUGCAUAUCAAUUAUUAUAAUUGGGAAAUAAAUCAUAUGCUUAAAAUACAUCUAAGAUUGGUUUUACACAUAUGUACAAAAACAAAUUAAAUUUUGCUGAUUUCCUCAAAAAUUAUGGGAUAAAUGUAAAGUCAUAAUAUAUAUUAUUAGACUUUGUAAUAUUAAUCAAGUUAAAUAGUGAAUCAUAAUUUUGUUGUAAAUUCAUCGAUAAAAAGCAAUAGUUAAUAAGAAAUAGAUUAUUUACAUCAAUAUUAUGGAUUGAAAUCUAAAUAGCUAACAGAGGAAUGUUGGACAAGUAGAAGGGAAAAAAUAAAAAUAAAUAAGGAAUAAUUAGAAAAUAAUGUAUUUUUAGGAGUAGAAGCAAAAGAACUAGGAUUGGUAGAUGAAUUAGGCAGUUAUGAAAAAGUUUUGAUGUAAUAGUAUCCAAAAGCAAAGAUAAUUCCAAUAAAUACAGAAGGCAAAUUAAGAGAGUAUGAGAAUUGGUUUAAUUUGUUCAUUAAGAUAUCAUAAUCAAGUAUGGAUUGAUAAUUUAUUUAUAAAGGAGGUUUUUUGGGAUUAGUAUUAUUAUUUGGAGUUAAAGUUAUUGUGAAAUGGGGAUUGAUUAUUUAUGUAUGGAGAUAAUCAGUCAAAUAAAGGAAAUUAUAAAAGUAAUAAGAAUUAUAAUAAUGA